UGUCAAGCUUUUUGAAGAGAGCUUCGCUGAUGUGCAGUUUGUGGUGACAUUUUCCUCAGUUAAGAGGCAAAAAACGCAAUAAAUCAAUCGAAUCCUACGAAGAAAUGAAGAAAUUAAAUGUAAAGGCUGGAAAGGCGGUAAGUUUUGUCCUUCUUUCCGGGUAGAUAAUCAUCUCUGUCUGAAUAACAAUUACUGCAAUUUGGUGUCCGCCAUGUUUGUUUUCUUGCAACCUUUAUUUAAAAGGUGUCUUUAAAUGACGGAACGCUGAUGUCUUUGCGAGUGUAUUCUAGUUACUGCCUUACUCCAAAGCAUUUAUUGAAAUAUUUUCCAUAAGAAAAACAAUAAAAAUCAUAAAAUGCCAUAAUGACAUUGGCAUAAUGCAGGAAAAUUUUUCCAGCAUAGGAAUGAGCCAAAACACGUCCAUGUGAGCAACUACAGAAAACAGGGCCAUAUUGCAAGGUCUUAAGCAGAAGUGGCUCGGUGCCUCACUAGUCAUGACAUGUGUUUAAAGAAUGAGAAAGAUAUAAAACAUUUAAGUAUGAGACAGUUGUAAAAUAAAACGUUUAAGUCAAGGUAAAUAUCUUAGUGGCUCAAUGGCUAGUCAGUCGAGAUUAUAAUGGUUUCGUGGCUUGAUGGCUCGGUGGCUGGUCAGUUGUGACUGCCGAGCCACCGAGCUGCCAGGCCACGUCAAUGAAUAUACCUCCAAAAUUUGCCCUGUAUGCUGUAUUUAAGACCAAUGAUAAUGUUUUCAAGCUCAUUCUGCAUUCAAGUAUUUACAAAAUGAUUUUUAGAGCCUAGUUCCAUAAUUGGCACAGACAGCGAAUUAUGCAUAUUUAUUUUAAAAAAAGUCCUGUUCAUGCACAGGUUUAUGUAAAGUUCUAUAAUAUGAUGACGCAUAUUGCUGAUUUUCAGCUGAUAUGUCAUGUCAGCCAUGCUAGUGGACAUAAGACUAACCUCUUUCUUCAUAAAAAUUGUUUUGUCCACCAGCAUGGGCACUGCUUAGUUAAAAACCAGUGACUGGGAAGUGUUACUAAAGCUAGCCAAAUCUGGUAAUAACUGCAUCAUCAAAAUCUAAUACUCAAACCUAUCAUUAGUGUUACAAGUAAUGUACCUGCACUAAUGCACCUGCUGGUAUAGUAUCCCCUGGGAUGAAUGCCUUGGGAUCAUCGGUAAAGAAAUUGUGUGUUUUGAUGGAAAGUUGUUUCAGUGCAAACUUUCGCAGUGAAACGAAAGUAUUUUAAAUCAUAUUCAAUUCACAAAAAAAACAUAUAUCGUGAAUACUCCUCAUUAUAUAAGCCAAUUAAGCAAAGCUAUUUUAAUCUCAGCUGAUUAUUGAUGAAACUUGUAUUGAAAUGACCGGUGAGGACAUUAGUAAGGCUGUUAUGCAAGCACCUUGAACUUGGAAACAAAAUAUACCCAUCAUUUUUUAGAAUUCACUUCCUCAGUGCCUGCAUAAAUUCUGAUGAAAAAUAUUGCUCUUGUAUUAUUCAUUUUAAAUUUUUUUGCUAGGAGAAGAAGCCUGGAGUUACUGCUUCAAAUGCACCUGUGAAGUCAACUAGCAAAACUGCUGCUACAAAAGCCAAGAAAAAGGUACAUGUAUCUGUCACUACUAGUGGGUUGCUAUCCUGAGGGAACACAAGUGUUCUGUAGUUAAAUGGAAGGGGUCAUGGGGGGCUGGAGAAACAAUAUAGUUCAAGAUGCUUCUACUGCUCUCCUGUAUAGCUGCCAUCCAAUGGCCUGUCUCAAGAGAAGAAUACCAUAUUGAUUCAAUCAGUCAUCCUGAGUGCUUAUGAAAUUUUUAGGUCUUGAGAGUUGGGGCUGAAGAGUUUAGGCUGGGUGCUAAUAUUUAAUUUUCAAUAUUUUCAGCAAGUAGUUAGUUACUUUUCCAACAAAACAGUAAAUAAUAGCAAAACCUGGGGAUGUACCAGAGCGAACUCUCUGAUGUUGCCCAGUACAUUGUAGAUGUCUCACAGUGUAACGUCUGCAAAUGGGUCAGUCAAAGAGAAGCAGAUAGGGCAGUAAAGAAAUAAUAACUGAUGUACUCUUCUUGUCCACUUCAGUUUUUUUGGAGGGAAAGGUGGUGGGUUGGAUGCUAAAUUAACUUUUCCCCCUCACAAAAGGGAGGGGUGCUUAUUUGAAAUGAGUGCUAAUUUAAGGUUAGAUGCUUAACCUAAUCAAUAUGGGAUUACUAUAAUGUACUGGAGAAGAGCUAUCCACAUGAUGACCAUGAGGACAAAAAUGAGUAUAAUAAUCUGUGGGAUACUGCUACAUGGGGUAGUAUAAUGUUAUGUCCAAAGGGAGAAAAACAAGUGAUAUAAAGGGGCAAGAUUACUUGACCUCAGUUUUUUAAUACUUGAACGUAGUAUUAAAGAAUAUCCGAAUGACCUUUUUAGGAGGAUGAUGAUGCAACACAGGUUGGGGAUGAUCUGGAUGAGUGGAUGCAGGUAGAAUAAUUACAAUUUAUGAACUGCAAUUAAUCUUUUUUAAAUUUCAACUUUUUCAUGAAAAUACCUAUAGUAAUCAUUGUUUCUAGAAUUGAAAAAGAUUUAUUUAUUUUUAAACAGAAUCCAAAAGAACGAUCAUCUGCAACCAUCUUUUCUAAAGUUGUUAGUUUGUGUCAUUGAUUUACACAUUUUGUCCACUUUUCUUGUAAUCAAAAUAAUUUUGCACUUCACACUGCAUGUUGUUCCCAUAUAAUUGCACAUGUAAGGAAAAUCAUUGGUUGACUAAAUGGUGUGAAUUUUUUUUGUUAUAUAUGACUACAUAUUUUACGUUUUUACUAAAACAAAAGAGGAUAUUGUAAAAUCAUAUAUUAUAAUUUCAAGCUUUCCAGGUAAGAUCAAAUAAGUCACAUUAUGCUGUCAUGCUUUAUUUUGGGGGGUAGAGGGGGUGCAUUUGGAAAUGUCUCAGUUGAAAAUAAUACCAAUCAUUUAUUGUUUCAUAAUGCUACGGGCCUAUUGUCACGGAUAAUGGUGGAAGUUGCUAUACAGCCCCGGCUUAAAAACACACACUCUGCAGCCCAAUGAACCCUCACUAUGGGGGUCUUGUCUUCAUAACCUUUUGACCAACUUACUGUAACCUACAGCAGUAGGGUGACCCUUCAUGUACGUAUCACUGAUAUGAUGUGACUUUCACUGCUAUUUUUAAUAAUGAUGUAAUAGUAAUUUUCAUAAUAAUAAUAAUAAUAAUAAUGAUAAUAAUGGUAAUAAUGAUAAUAAUAAUAAUAUUGUCUUUACCCAUAAAUCAAUACAGCACAUAUCAAAAUUAAUGUAACAUAAAUUAAUUAUUUUAAGAUUAGCGACUUUCUACUUUGUGGCACACUGAUAUAUACAUUGAUGUAAGAGGUUAAAGCGUGUAAUAUUUAAUGUAGUGUGUUGUAUUUAUUUGUGUUGCAGCCAAAACAGCUGAUCAAGCCAGAUGACCAACUUGAACUAACUGAUGAAGAGCUCAAAGUAGAGUUUACUAGAAUCUUGACUGCAAAUAACCCUCAUGCCCCAAGCAAUAUUGUCCGCUACAGCUUCAAGGUAACUGAAACUUUAUUCAGUUCGUAACUGUGUGUUGUAAACAUAAGUUUCUAAUAUUGGUCAUCACUGUGCACAUGUACUAUUACUACAUUAAAAACCUUUGAUUUCUUUAAAAGUGUCCAAAUAAGAAAGACAUACAAGACAAUCAAAGUCAUAAGGGAUUUCUUAUAACUAUAGUAAUAAUUUAGUUAUUGCCUUAGAUUAUAAGUGAGGGUAUGGUAGAUGUAGCUGUUGUAGGUAAAAUUUCUUUUUGGGUUAAACCAGAAUUUCUGCUGUCUCGUACGUAUUUAGAGCUAGGCAAUAAAAGGAAACCUUAAACCAAACAAGAUUGAACACUGUUUUAACCUGAAAAUGGAUGUUACCUAUACAUUAACAUAUGGCCACGAGACAAAAAAGUGGGUUAAUCAUUAUGAAUGAUGUUUUUACCGUAGUUUAAUUCCUUCAUUCUUACUGCUCUAAGGAUAAAAUAAAAAUAACAAAUAAAAAACUUGUACUUGUUAUUUUUAUAUCACUUAUCUUUUCUAUAAUCUGGUCAAAAAUGUAUUUAUACCUACCAAAUCUACUGAAUUAAGAUUAAUCCAACAGACGACAGUUGAGUAGUAUAGCAGAUUAGAUGACCUUUUCCAUAUUCUCGGCAGACAUUUCCUGUUAUUACUUUGCUAAAAGGAUAUGUACCAUAUGUAUAUACAGAGUUGAUUUACAUUUGUAGUCUCUUGUUCUCUUACCCAAGCUCAGUUGAAUUCAUUUUAAAAGCUGUCAGAGGACAAAAUGAUGGAUUCUUACCUUAGAUAUGCAGCUUUUAAAGUACUGUCAGCCUUAGACACUCUUAUUGUGAGAAUCAAACAAGAGCAAGAAUUUUCAAGUUAUUCGGUUUAAUUUUAAUCAGUUAAAAAGAUUCAGUACAUGAUAAUGUUGGCAGUUGACAAAAGCUUGUUAAAUUGGAAGAUUGUUUCUUUCAAAAACCUGUCACUGAUUCUCCACAACAUGGUGAUCACUUAGGUCACCCCAAAAAAAUAAUAUAUACAUUUACAAGCAUAAGAGAUUUCCAAACACAUCUAACAAAUAUGCCUGGUAUACUUUUGUUAAUUUGAAUGGACUAAUGUUCUUGUUUGAUCUUUAUUUGGUUUAUUUUACUUUUUAUUAUCAUUUUUGAUAUAAGAGAACGUGACUUAAGAUUGAUUUUCAUAAUUAAUGUCCAUUUUGAUCUUUCUUUCAGGAAAAAUGUUACAAAGCAACUUCGAGUGUAGACCAGUUGGCAAUUCACUUUGCACUUGAUGGGUGAGAGAAUACUCAUGAUAAAAUACUUCUUUUAAAAAUAAUACAGUCUGUUGCAAUGAUAGGAAGUUCCCCUUUCAUAUUUUUUAUGACAAAAACACAUAGUAACAAAUGGCUGAUGGCACCCCGUUGAACUUAAUGUGACAUAUUUUGUCAAUUAAUGUACAUCUGUAACUUGUUGGUUUGUUCUUUUUUGCCCAGGAAUAUGCUUCAUAAAGACUCAGAUGAAGCCAGAAGACAGCGUGCUCGGCAAGGACAUGGAGAAGGUAUAUUGCAGUGUGUAUUUGUAGGAAAUGUAGAACAAUAUGUUAUUAAAAGUUAUUUGACCGUGUAUCAGUGUUGUACAAAGAUAAGUUUCUUUUCCAGUGCUUUUUGGAAUGAGCAUUUAACUUGUCUUUACUAGUCUGAGAUAUUUAUGUAUUCCCCCAGGGACUUUUUUUUUUAAGUCUAAGCAGUGCCCUAGCCUGUCCUCAGCAAGUUCUUGGUUAGGUCAUUCAUUCCAGCAUUUUCAGUAGACAUCUGAUUGGAUGGAUAGGAUAUUGGAUGUUAGGUUGGAAAAUAUUUUUUACCCACAAACUUAAAAUUUAAGAUUUGUCUAGUUAUAAAUAUUAUUAUACUGAGGGUUAACUGAGCUCUUUUUACAUGUAUGAGAUUUCAAAUGUUCUUUCUGUGAGGACAGUGUUUCUCAAAUACAUAAACUUUUUGCAUGAUAAAUAUAAUUCAACGACAAUAAAUAACUAACGUUGUAAUGCCUCUUGCGCAAGAUUGUAGGGUCUGUUUCUUUACUAAAAUCCAAGAUCAGAUCAAAAAUCCACAUCAUUAGGAUUUUUCAUCAAGAAAAGAAACGAUGUAUCCAAACAAGGAUGGUUUUUCAUCCAUUUCGACAGUAUUUUCGAGAAAGAGUAACACGGCUGCUGACAGUGUUGAAAGCUUGUUGAACUUUCAUUGUAUUUUGGACGAUUAGCUGAAGGAUACUGUUUUAGAUGGGCCAAAUGAAGAUGAAUCUUGCAAUAAGAUAUGUGCUGGAAAAGUAAAGUGUUGCAAGGCACGCCGGCAAAGUUGUGUAGCGGUUUUGUCCUUGCUAACUAGAACAACAGAGGUCCUGUUUGUAUUGCAAUUUUACCACCCCGAUAAAGUGGAUUAAGUUGGCCAUUAUUUAAUCCAUGCCUUGGGUUAAAAAAUAGCCAUUAAGAUCAGCAGUGUGGUCAAACAGCAGAUGAAUGUAUUAAAAUUGUUUUGAGUCACUGCUGGCAGUAUUCACUCUUUCCAGAUCCGUAGUAAAGAAUCACUUCGGAUCAUGUAUCCAAAGUAUCCGGUUUUCGAUAUGAUCCAAGGAAUCCACCUCAGUUGUGGAUCAUUUGGAUCAAUAAUCCAUUUUUGGAUUUUAGUAAAGAAACGAAAUGUUCAUUUUCGGAUUAAAAAUCCAGAUUUAGAUUUUAGUAAAGAAAUGCACCCGUAAAUUAAUUUGAGACUCCCUCAGCUGGCUUUUAACUGUUAAUAUUAAUAUAUUUUUAAUGAAUACUUUUAAAACUGUAAAAUACUGUUCUUCCUUUUUUAAAAAUGAGAAAUUAAAUUUUUAUGCUCAAAAAACUCUCUAGCUUACAGAACAGGAAGUGGCUACAGCUAUUCAGCGCGCAGCCGUGCACUCACUGGAGUCUGUUAGUGAAACCUUGUUUUUCUGUUUCUAUUCUUUAAUCUUCACAGACACUUCACUUUAAGGCCACUAAAAAUAAUUUCUGUAGUCACCAGGGGCCAUAAAUUGCCUUAAUGUUACAAAAAUACAAAAUGGAUGGGAGAGAGUCAGACCACAGGGAGUAGACCUCCACUGGGAAGGAAGACUAACAUGUCUAAUUAGUUCAGUAAAUUUUGAGUUAAGAAUACAUAAUAUAUGCCAACUCCCCAAGAUUAUUCAGGAGUCUCCCAGAUAUGACACCAUGGUCUCCUGUAUAGGUCACCAUAUCUCCCGGAUAAAAUCAAGUUAUGAGCGUUUCUGAGCUUUAAUUUGGAAUUUAUCACAUUUUCUCCCAAAAUUCGAAUCUUUUUUAUUCUAAGUUUAGUGUCUGGGGCAUUUUUGCAUGUAUUUCAUCACUGACAAACAUUAUUUCGCCAUUACAAUCAUUUUGAUGGUCUGUAACUCGUGUUUAAAAACUGUUUAAGUUGAACAAUGUUGAAAAUUUUUUUCCUUCAUAAAAUCUGCUUACUGACUUGAGUUGGUUACAGGAUCGGUGUAAAUUACAAGACAUGUUAAAUUUCCCUUGAAUCCUGUGUAAAAAGCCGUGUUCCAGUUUUCCAUGUCUGUUUCUCCAGUUUACAAAUGUCUAGAGAUCACUAUUUUUGUGGCUAUCAGAAAUAAAAUUUUCUCACGGAAAUGGGUGUGGUUGCUUAAGAGUGGUUCCACCUAUAUUGCAUAGUGCUUUAAUCCAGUCUGCAAACAUUUUGACGUUCAGCUCAGAUAGGCAGUUGCGUGGGGCCAUGCAAGAAGGUGGUCGCACACCAUAGAAUGAUUGGAAAUUGAAGCCUGGAGGGUGCUUUGUGCUUGGACUUGCGGGUACAGUGCAUUCACUCUUGCCGUAAAUUAGAAUGAAAACACAUUCUGCAGCUACUAUAAGAAUCCAUUAUUGUUGAUUAAACCCCAACUUAUCCCAAAGAAUUCUCAAUGUAGUGGAGUAUGGUACAUAACUAUGCUGCUUUGUCUUUGUCUCUAGCUGAAAAUGAUGCUAAUGAAGCUGCUGAUGAGGAAGAGAAAGAAAAUAAACCAGAAGCUGUAGGCGAGGUGAGGUGUUGUUUUUAUGUAUUUUGGGGUAUGCAGACUAGGCAGAUGAUUUAUUUACUUACAGUGUAAGGAGUACAGUUAAAACCCUGUUUAUGUGACCCUAUUGAUAUGAACUGCUGCCUCGUUAGCUCAGGUCGAUUGUUCAAAUCCCUACUGGACCAACACUCUGGCUCUUUAAAUAACUUUCUAGUCUUUUCAAAUAGGGACGGAAAUCAUAGGUCCCGUCUCACAGCACUUUUACUCUUUCACUUAAUAUAUGGUUCUUGUGGGAUGUAAAAUAACCCACACCAUUGUUUGAAAAGAGUAGGGGACAUAUACCCCGGUGGUGUGGCCAACCUUUCCUGGGUUGGGUGGGUUAUCUUUUAAUAGCCUGGGACCAGGCUCCGCAUUGGGGAAAAACGGAGAAAACAAUCGGCGUGGGCGAAAAAAAAAAAAUUCGGCGAGUGAAGCGAGGCGCGAGGUAGUCUGGGGAGGGGAAAGGGUGAACCCCAUUUUUUUCUUUUUUCCCCUACUGUGGAGCCUGUCCCUGGCUAUUUAAGGAGGGGUCUUAAUAUGGGAUAACCUCAUGAUUCUCCUUCACGUGUCGUAAUUACUACCUGUAUGUAUAUAAUGCAUGGGUCAUGCAAAUCUGUUGUGUUGUUCAUGGUAUGCUCUGUGUUCACUGUCACGCCAUCAAAAAUAAAAAUGCAAUUAUUACUACCUGUGUGUAUAUAAUGCAUGGGCCAUGCAAAUCUGUGGUGUUGUUCAUGUUAUGCUCUGUUUUCACUGUAACGCCAUCAAAAAUAAAAAUGCAAGCCAUUCAAUACAGAAAGUCCCGAAUCUGGGAAAUGAAAGAAGAUCAAUAUGCAAAUAGCCUCGCCAAGAAUCAGGUCUGUGCGUUAUGUCAUAAGCGAGAUAUUCGGAAAAACGUUUUACCCAAAUUUAUAAAGCUUUUUAUGGAGACGCCAUGUUGGUGUCCCUUUGAGGGGCACAAAUGUGGCCGCCGGAAACCAACAGAAACAUCUGUCUUCAAAUGUGUGAAUUCAUCGCUUGAGAAACUCAUAAAGAUUAAAGUAAUAUUUAUUCUGAGACAAGGAAUGUUUGGAUAGGAAAAUCUCAAAAAAUUGGUAACGUCUUUAACCCACAUAACUGCUUUCUCGGCCGCCAGCUAUGCCGCGUCACGCAAAAUCCCGGAAAUUCAAGCGUCCACUAUCGCAAAACGAAGAACCCUCUGAACCGAAAAUUCGAAAAAAUAAAGGUGUUUAGCUCCCCUAAUACCCCAUGAAAGUAUAAACUCAUAAGAAUCGAUGGCUCUGCACUUUGAAUUUUGGUGACGUCAUAUGAAAACCGAGAAUAUUGCUUUGAGGGUUAGUAGUCAUGUUCAAUAGCUAAGAUACCUAUUAAUUAGACUGUGAUUUUUCUUUUGGGAUCCUACAGACAAGGAAAGUACACUCUUCCAUCAUCAGAUUUGUUAGUUGUGUAAUUGUUUAGCAUGAUUAAUUCUAGCGAGAGAAAACAGCCGAAAUUUCGCAAAGUUACUACUGGUUUCCCUGCAAAAAUGACAUCUGAGAAACGACUUCAGAAAUUCUAUACUGAUGACGUGUCACUACCCAGAUCUGGGUAGUGCCUCUGAUUGGCUGAAGCAAAUUUUCCACGCGGCACGACCAAUCAGAAGCACUUCUCAGAUCUGGGAGUGACGCAUCAUCAAUAUGGAAAUUCUGCGCUCGUUCCUCACACGUCAUUUCGUCAUUAAAUCAGUGGUGGAAUCGCGAAAUAUCGCCUGUUUUCUUAGCCUAAAAAUUUGAAUAAGGAAGUCAUUGGCCAUGAGCAUGCUAUCCCAAAAUUUACUGGUGAGAUAAAUGCUGCAAAAGAAAUGGUAGGAUAAUCAGUGUUCAUUUGAAUAUCCACACCUUAAGAUUACACUUUUAAACCAAAAAUUUAAUAGUACCUUGUAUUGAACUAUGCGCAGCGACACAAGAAAUCACUGAUCCGUGUCGUCCAUAUGUUUCUUGGAAAUGAAUUGCAAACUAUUGAAACGAAAUUAAUACUUCUCCUCUAAAACAAGUCACGUGCAAAAAUUAAGCACCCCCGUCUGGGAAAAAUGAUCAAAAAUCAAAUGGACAUUGUUGCCACAAAAUUGUUGUACGAAGCAAAUGAAAAUAGAGAUUUUAACUUUAGCCAACAGGAAGAGACCAUUGCAUCUCUCGUAAGCGAUAAGUAAAUCUCAGUAUUUUUAAUGGUCGUUUGUUGAGGAUUCGGCUGUAUUCUGUUUCAGGAGAAAGCAGCAGAAGAAGUUCGACCGGACUCAUCUGCUUCUGAGGGAGGAAAAGCUGAAUCCAAGUUAACAAACCAGUUUAACUUCAGUGAAAGAGCAUCUCAGACUUACAACAAUCCUUACAGAGUACGUGUUACAAUAGUAGCGACCUUAAGAUACACCGUUUCCAGGCGCGGAUCUAGGACAAUACUGACCGGGGUUGUAAUUAAGAGCCGGGGGCCGGGGAUUUUCCUCGGCUACUAAGAGAGUGGCCCCCGGCUACUUUUAUUGGAAAAUAGAAGAAAAAUGGAACCAAAAGAAAUCCCUAGCUGUUUGAUUUCCCCGCCUACUUGUUGUGUUUACCCGGCAACUUGAAAUCUUAGUGGCAACCCUGGUUUUCCUAAACGAGCGCCGAAGGCGCAAGCUUCUGCGGGCUCCGGGGGCAGGCUCCUUCUGGAAAUUUUUUAGAUUUUGACUCCCUAAAAAGUAAAGUCCCUUUUCCUGGGUUUCCGGGUCUUGCAGACAGGAUAUUGGCCAGUUCCAUUCACCUAAGAUGAAGCUUUGCAACUUGGAAAGUUUUUUUUAUUUAUUAAAAAUAUAUCUGUUAUGAAAAAUCUAGCCGCUGGAAACCGGUGUGGAUCCGCGACCGGUUUUUGCCCACGGGUACGGGUAGACGAAGAUUUUUGCCACGCAGUUGUAUAAAGGGUGACUAUGAUUUCUCAGAUUUGAAAACGGCAUCACCGUUCUACCCGGAAGCCUACGCGUUUCCCCCAGGUAACAGGCAAUCUACACGUAUUUACAGUUACACGUACAGCUAAAUUACCCGUACCCGUACACGGAAACGGUGAAUCUUAAAUACUAAGGGAGCUUUUGGAAGACUCAAUUCUUGUCUCUGGCCUGAAUUAAUAGACAGUGAAGACAUGUCUGAUGAUAAAAAUUGAAAUAACUGUUUUUUGAUAACAGUAAUAUUUCAUUUCAGGAACGUGGUACGUCGACUGAACCUCCGCCAAGAGCAAAUUUCUCAGCCACUGCUAACCAGGUAGGUUUGGAUGACCCAGGUGUUGAUUGCUUUAUACCUUAAAACAAGAUAUAUUUUACACUGUGUGAAUAUAUGUAGAGGGGCCUCCGGGGUGUCAAGUUAUAAACGGAAAUCAUACUAUAAAAAUUUGGUUAGAGAUAGAUAGGGAAAGGGUACACUAAGACCAGUCUCGCUUUUUCUUCAGAUUUAGUGAGGGGAGUGCACGCCGCGCGAACGUCGAGUGGCGAAACCGCGAGACACGAGAAACGAGGGCGGCACACGCAUGGUCAUUUCCGUGUCUCGCGCGUUGUGCUCGACGGUCCAAGAAAAAAGAGAGACUGCUUGUAGUCUAGGGAAGUGGGGGCUUAUGACCGGUAUUUUACGUUUUUCUUGAUAAUCUUUAGAGGAGACGUCUGUAGCUUACCCUGAUAUAGGACUGAAUUAUGCGAAGAAAGACUUCCCAUUAUUUUUUAGAUGCUUCUCCAUUUCAUUUUCGUUUUGCAUGCAUUCAUAGCGUUCCUUUUUGCACUUUGUACUAGUUUCCUCUGUUUUUUGAAAGUAGAAGUGAGUUAUAAUUUUAUGUCUUACCUUGUUUUUUUUUUUCUUAAACAGUGGGAAAUUUAUGAUGCUUAUGUCGAAGACCUACAAAAACAGGUCAGACUUGAUUGCUGUUUUUUGUUUUGAUUGACUGUUUCUCUUGCAUUCAGAUGCGAUAUCCUACAACAACAACGAAUAUUUAGCAUAUAGUUUGCAAACCGGUGCUUAACUUCCAUUUUCAGUUUCUUUGAUUUCUUUGGUUAUUUCUCGUGUUUUCCGGAACACCUUGCGAUCUUUCAGGAGAAAAUUAAAGAAAAAGAAAGUAGGAAGACACAAACAUUCAAGAAAGAUGAGGAUAAAAAGAAGAAACUAAUGCAAUCGGAAGUACAGGUUAGUGAACAUCAGCGUACGGGGCGGGGGGGGCUGGGGGGGCUGCAGCCCCCCCUGUCGGGAAAAAAAUAGUAUUAUUCGGGCAAAACUGAUGUACCGUUCGGGCAAAGACACAGUAAGGUGAGACACCUGCUCCAGCGAACGACAGCUCACAACAGACGGCAAAAGACCACUUUCGUAUCACAGUUUAUUACACAUGUAUUGACAAAGUCGUUAGUGAACUUCAAUCAAGGUUUGAGGGCAAUGACCUGGAGGUUUUGUGCGCAUUGGGUGAAAUCGUAUUCAGCCGUUCUCCAAGCCUCAACAACAUCCAAACUGUAUGAAAUUUCUCUUGCGUGGAUAGUGAAAUGCUAUCAAGUGAGAAGUCAAUCUUUGAAAACUACGACUGCGGGGGCCCAUGCCAGAGAAAAAACGCAGCCGUGAUGGUAAAGACCAUGCAUUAAAAUGGUCUCCAUUACAUUUUACCUGUUCUAUAUAUAAAGUUAUCUCCAUCCUGGCCACAAUUCCUGCAACCUCGUGCUCUGCUGAAAGGUCUUUCAGCGUCCUUCGCCGCAUCAAGACAUUUUUAAGAUCCACAAUGGGACAAGACCAACUUCGCAGUAUCGCCGUUAUUAACAUUGAAAGACAGUAUGCAAACAAGACAAUGCAGAGUGACAUGCAAAGGAUUAUUGACACAUUUGGGUGUCGAAGUAAUCGUUCUUCAUACUUCUUUUAGAGUUCAAAUUGGUACGUUUUAUCUCUCACUUCAUG